AUGGGCACGUCCAAACAGCAACAAUCCGCCAAUGUAAACAUCCAAACAGCACCCCCUUCACCAUUAGAAUCCACAGCUCUUCUCUCGCACCCAAAGACUCGCACUCCACUCCCAAUCGCUCAGCUAACACUCAUCUGCAUCGUACGCCUCGCAGAACCAGUCGCUUCAUCACAAAUAUUUCCUUACAUCAACGAUUUGUGCGUUGAAUUUGGAUAUGCGAAGACUGAAAGCGAUGUGGGGUUCAUUAGUGGGCUCAUUGAAGCCCUCUUCGCCCUCGUCCAGCUACUCACAGUCGCACUUUGGGGCCGUCUCUCAGAUCGCAUAGGACGGAAACCGGUAGUCCUCAUUGGACUCUUAGGGGUAACAGGCGCAACCCUCCUGUUUGGCCUAUCACGCUCUUUGUGGCUCACCAUUCUCGCCCGAUGCCUGGCUGGGGGGCUGAGUGGGAACAGCGCCGUCAUACAGACGAUGAUCAGCGAGGUCACGGAUGAGAGCAACGAGAGCCAAGCCUUUCCGCUUUACAGCCUCAUGUGGACGCUCGGUUCCAUUGUCGGGCCCACCUUUGGGGGCACCCUCUCCCGCCCCGCCGAGCAGUUCCCGGACACCUUCUCAGCGCCUUUUUGGACCCAAUUCCCCUAUUUUCUGCCAUGCCUCGCCAGUGCAGGAACCACAGGCAUCAGUAUCGUCACAAGCCUAUUCUUACGGGAGACGCUGCCUCGGAAACAUACGACCCCUCCUUCAGCAGACCGCUCCCCUCAACUCCAGCCAUCCUACAGCACUCUCCCCGCCCCCGCUCCCCAGCCCACAGCAUGGCAGAUUCUUCGCUCUCCCGGCAUACCCACAGUAUUCGUCACUGCAUUUAUGAUGAUGCUCACCACCCAAGCAUGGGACGUCGUCUUCCCCCUCUUCGCAUUCACGUCUAUCCGCGCAGGCGGGCUCUCCCUCUCCGACGCGCAGAUCGGAUAUCUCCUCGCCUCCGCUGGCUUUGUUGGCGCAUGCGUCCAUCUAUUCCUCUUUCCAGCAAUGGAACGCAGAUUCGGGAUAAAGAUGUACCCCUGGCUCCUGGCGUUCCCGAUGGGGAUGUAUGCUUACGCGCCAGCACUGAAUGGCUGGCUGCGGUCGAGAGGCGGGGAACAUUGGAAGCGUGGCCAUGUAGACGUGGGGACGAUUGUCGGUGCGGGAGGCUUGUUACUCAUGGGCAGGCUUGCAGCCAUGGUCUACCCGUUGAAUAUGAUGCUAGUCAAGCGCGCCGCCCCGUCACGGGCCGGGAUGGGAAGCACGUAUGGGAUGUCGCAGAUGGUGACGAGCUUUGCGAGGACUAUUGGGCCUUGGGGUGUCUCCUCCCUGUUCGCCUUCUCAGCAGAACACAACCUCCUUGGAGGAAACCUCAUAUGGCUGGCGAUGGCUUGCGUAUCAGCCGUGGCGGUAGUUCAGAGUCUUAGAGUUGAGCGAUCCUUGGAUGGCAGAGCCCGUGAGGUGGAGAGUGAGAGUGAGGCGGGAAGAGCGGAGCAGGACAGGGAAAGGGGUACCCGUUUUGGCAGGGAUGGAGAGAGUGACGGAGGUGAGCGGGAUCAAGAGAACAGGGGAAGGGGAGACAUUCGGCAGAGGGAAAUCGCUUGGGAGCAUGAAGAGGGCGUGUGAGAGGUGAGGUAUGAGAAAUGAC